CUCAUUGCCGUUCCCGCUUUCUGAGUACCUCUAUCUAUUUUCUACUGCUAAGAGUGCCCAGAGAGAAUGGCAGGUAAAAUCUAGGGCUUUAUCAAAAAAGUGAGUCCUUUUUCUAAAACCCUACAAAAACGAGCUCAGAAAUGGCGAAAGAGAAUGAGGUUCGUUUUAUUUCAUCUUCUAUCAAACUAAAACCUUAUACAUGUCUACUCCCAAAUCAACACAAUUCUCUUCCAAUCUUCUCCAACCUUCCAUUCUGUUCUCAAACCUUAUCUUUAAACCUAACAAAAACAAGAGAAUCAAUCAAUCAAUUCUUUAAUAAAAUUCAAACUUUUACAAAACCUAGAAAUUUACUUUCUAAAUCGUCUCUUCUGUGUUCGUCUUCAUUAUCUUUAGUUCAACAAGGUCAAGAGUCGAAUCAAAAUGUGUCAGUAGAGGUUAAAGAACCUCAAUUGAAAGGUCAUAGUCGGCAUGGUAAAGAAGAUGAAGAGAGGGUUUUGAUUAGUGAGGUUUUAAUUAGGAAUAAAGAUGGUGAGGAAUUGGAAAGGAAAGAUCUUGAAGCUGAAGCUGCUGAGGCUUUGAAAGCAUGUAGACCUAAUUCUGCAUUAACAGUUCGUGAGGUUCAAGAAGAUGUACAUCGGAUUAUGGAACGGGGGUAUUUCAGUUCUUGUACGCCUGUUGCUGUUGAUACUCGAGAUGGAAUUCGCUUAAUUUUUCAGGUAGAAACGAACCAAGAAUUCCAAGGGUUGAUAUGUGAAGGAGCAAAUGUUCUUCCGGCAAAGUUUUUAGAGGACGCAUUCCAUGGUGGACAAGGGAAAGUUGUCAAUAUUCGGCGUUUGAAUGAAGUGAUAAACUCCAUUGAUGGGUGGUACAGGGACCGUGGCCUAUUUGGUUUGGUUUCAGAUCUUGAAAUUCUUUCUGGUGGCAUCAUUAAGCUACAAGUCUCUGAAGCUGAGGUCAAUAAUAUCUCUAUCCGCUUUCUUGAUAGGAAGACAGGUGAACCGACUACUGGGAAGACAAGGCCAGAAACCAUUCUUCGGCAGCUCACAACCAAGAAGGGACAGGUUUACAGCAUGCUUCAAGGUAAAAGAGAUGUGGAGACUGUACUAGCAAUGGGAAUUAUGGAAGAUGUAAGCAUUAUUCCCCAGCCAGCUGGAGAUACUGGUAAAGUUGAUUUGACAAUGAAUUGUGUUGAGCGUGUUAGUGGAGGUUUCUCUGCUGGUGGUGGAAUUUCAAGUGGGAUAACAAGUGGCCCCCUGUCAGGACUAGUUGGAAGCUUUGCUUAUUCUCAUAGGAAUGUUUUUGGAAGAAAUCAAAAGCUAAAUGUAUCAUGGGAAAGGGGUCAAAUUGACUCUAUUUUUCGCAUAAAUUAUACAGACCCCUGGAUUGAAGGGGAUGAUAAGCGUACAUCAAGAUCCAUUAUGGUUCAGAACUCAAGAACACCAGGAACACUAGUUCAUGGAAACCAGCCUGAUAAUAGUAACGUGACAAUUGGUCGGGUUACAGCUGGUGUCGAAUUCAGUCGACCUCUAAGACCGACGUGGAAUGGAACCGCUGGGAUUAUUUUUCAGCGAGCAGGUGCCCGCAAUGAGGGAGGGAGUCCCCUUAUCAAGGACUACUACAGCAGCCCAUUGACUGCUAGUGGCAAUCCUCAUGAUGACAUGCUGCUUGCCAAACUUGAGAGCGUCUACACUGAUUCUGGUGAUCAUGGAUCCUCAUUGUUUGUUUUCAACAUGGAACAAGGUCUUCCUGUUUUGCCUGAGUGGCUGUGUUUUAACAGAGUGAAUGCCCGGGUGAGGAAGGGUGUAGACAUUGGUCCAGCCCGGCUUCUGUUGAGUUUCUCUGGAGGCCAUGUGGUGGGAAAUUUCUCUCCACAUGAAGCCUUUGCCAUUGGUGGAACCAACAGCGUCAGAGGAUACGAAGAAGGUGCUGUAGGAUCUGGCCGAUCAUAUGUCGUUGGUAGCGGAGAAAUUUCCUUCCCCAUGUUUGGGCCAGUAGAAGGGGCACUUUUUACAGACUAUGGAAGUGAUCUAGGAUCAGGCCCGAUGGUACCUGGUGAUCCUGCUGGAGCACGAUUGAAACCUGGUAGUGGCUAUGGAUAUGGUUUUGGUAUCCGGGUGGACUCUCCUUUGGGCCCUCUUCGGUUGGAAUAUGCGUUCAAUGAUAGAUCAGCCAGAAGAUUUCAUUUUGGGGUUGGGCACAGAAAUUAGGCCCUUUUUUUUUCAUUUUAUAUUCUUAUACCUUCAUGGUUAUUUAUAUUCUUUCAGUCUAUGUAAUCUACCUUUUUAUGAUAGCUUUCUCAUCUCUUGGAAACCAUUUUUUGGUUUUCAGGGAUAGUUUGCUAUUUUUUGUUUAUGGUCAAGAAGGUUCGCUAAUGUCAGUUCGCUUUGACUGUUCCUUGAAUCUGAAAUUUUUUGUUUA